ACAAAAAUGGCGGAAGAGCAGGAGCUACUGCAGUUGGAGAACUUGUGUAAGCAGUUCUAUGAGACCAACAACACCAACCUGCGAGCAGAUGCAGAAAAGGCUCUUGUUGAAUUUGCAGACUCCCCAGAUUGUUUGAGCAAAUGCCAGCUUCUGUUGGAAAGAGGAAAUUCACCUCUUGCACAACUGCUGGCAGCAACAACCUUGACGAAGCUUGUGACACGCCCAAAUGUGACCCUACCCUUAGAACAAAGGAUAGAUAUAAGAAAUUAUGGCCUCAACUACUUGGGGACAAGGCCAAAGUUGGUGCACUAUGUUUUACAAGCCCUUGUACAGCUAUUCGCCAGAAUCACAAAACUUGGAUGGUUUGACCUGAAAGAUGAGGAAUAUGCAUUCAGAAAUGUGAUAAAUGAUGUCACCAAGUUCAUACAGAGUGGCUUCACACAGCAUGUGAUGAUCGGUGUACAGCUACUUUCUCAGUUGGUUUGUGAGAUGAACCAGGUCAGCGAAGCUGAUGCUAGCAGAUCCCUAACCAAACACAGGAAGAUUGCAUCAUCAUUCCGGGAUACUCAGCUGUUUGAGAUUUUUCAGCUGGCAUGCUCCUUGUUGCAGACUGCUGCAGGAAACAUAAAAAACAUGAACUUUUCUGAUGACAGUCAGCAUGGUUUUAUCCAACAUUCCUUACGACUGGCUCACAACUGUCUAACAUUUGACUUCAUUGGGACGUCUACUGAUGAAUCAUCAGAUGAUUUAUGUACUGUACAGAUUCCUACAUCAUGGAGGUCAGCCUUCCUGGACUUUGCCACUAUGCAGCUGUUUUUUGACCUAUAUGCCGGACUGCCUGUGUCAUUAUCUCCCUUGGCACUCUCCUGCCUUGUCCAGAUUGCUUCUGUCCGACGUUCCCUGUUUAACAACACUGAGAGAGCAAAGUUUCUUAAUCAGAUUGUUGUCGGUGUCAGGAACAUCCUUGAAAAUCCUCAGGGUUUAUCUGACCCAAGUAACUACCACGAGUUCUGUCGCCUGCUGGCUCGGUUGAAGUCAAACUACCAGUUAGGAGAGCUGGUCAAGGUAGACAACUACCCAGAGGUCAUCAAAAUGAUUGCUGAGUUUACAGUGACCAGUCUCAGGCAAAUGUGGCAGUUUGCCCCGAACAGUGUGCACUAUCUGCUGAGCUUGUGGCAGAGAAUGGUGGCUUCAGUGCCAUAUGUGAAAGCUACAGAGCCACAUCUUCUGGAGACCUACACACCUGAGGUUCUCAAAGCAUAUACAAUGUCGCGCCUCGAGUCUGUCACCGUUGUUCUGAAGGACGGGCUGGAUGAUCCACUUGAUGACACGGGGAUGGUUAUGCAGCAGUUGGAACAGUUAUCCACCAUAGGGCGGUGUGAGUAUGAAAAGACAUGUGCACUGCUGGUUCAGUUGUUUGAUGAAGCUGCCCAAAGAUACCAGGAACUCAUUACAUCACAGGCACAGGGUGCCGAGAUAUCCAUACAGGAAGGACGAUUAUCAUGGCUGGUCUACAUCAUUGGCUCAGUGAUAGGUGGUCGUGUGUCCUUUGCUAGCACAGAUGAACACGAUGCAAUGGAUGGGGAAUUAGCAUGCAGGGUGUUACAGCUAAUGAACUUAACAGACAGUCGGAUAGCUGCUCAAGGGGGUUGUGAAAAAUUGGACCUGGCCAUUCUGAGCUUCUUCGAACAAUUCAGAAAAAUCUAUGUCGGUGACCAGGUCCAUAAGAUGUCAAAAGUAUACCGCCGACUUUCAGAGGUCCUGGGCCUGAAUGACGAAUCCAUGGUGUUGAGUGUCUUUGUUGGUAAAAUAAUCACAAACCUGAAGUAUUGGGCACGGAGUGAACAGAUCAUCUCUCGGACCCUACAGCUACUUAGUGACCUUUCUGUGGGAUACAGCAGCGUAAGGAAGCUGGUCAAGCUGGACGCUGUCCAGUUCAUGUUAAAUAACCACACAAGUGAACACUUUCCAUUCUUGGGGAUCAGUACCAAUAACAGGCCAAUAUCUGACAUGCGAUGUCGUACUACUUUCUACACAGCUUUAGGACGAUUGUUGAUGGUGGACCUUGGCGAGGAUGAAGAAAAGUUUGAUAAAUUUAUGAUACCUUUGACAGCUGCGUUUGAGUCAGUCGGGAACAUGCUGGCAUGUGCGAAUACCCCGAUGAAAGCUGAGGAAGCAAAGCGUUCCUUAGUAGGCUUGGCACGAGAUCUAAGGGGUGUGGCGUUUGCUUUUAAUACAAAGACAAGCUAUAUGAUGCUGUUUGAUUGGAUUUAUCCGACAUAUACACCAGUCCUUCAGCGGGCGAUUGAGCUUUGGUACCACGAACCAGCAGUCACCACUCCUGUACUGAAACUCAUGGCAGAACUAGCGCAGAGCAGGUCUCAGCGGUUACUGUUUGAUGUUUCUUCACCGAACGGAUAUCUACUAUUUAGAGAAGUCAGCAAGAUGAUUGUCACAUAUGGAUCCCGAGUAUUAUCAUUGGGUGAUAUACCAAAGGACAGAACCUAUCCGAUGAAAUUGAAGGGAAUUUCCAUUUGUUUUUCUAUGUUAAAGGCAGCUUUGUGUGGGUCGUAUGUAAACUUUGGUGUGUUUAGGCUCUACGGAGACGACGCGCUCGACAACGCUCUCGGAAUGUUUGUCAAACUCCUACUAUCAAUAUCACAACGGGAUCUGAUGGACUACCCGAAGCUGAGCCAGAACUACUACGGUCUCCUGGAAUGCCUGGCCAAUGAUCACAUGACAUUUAUCAGUAACCUGGAGCCUCAGGUGUUCCUCUACAUCCUUACCACCAUCUCAGAGGGACUUACAGCACUAGACACAAUGGUUUGUACGGGGUGCUGUGCUACCCUUGAUACCAUCAUCACAUACUUGUUCAAACGCCUCACGACCAAAAAGAAGAAAUCUCACCCGGGAACGGUUCCUGACAGCGAGGCCUUCCUGCGUAUUCUCGAACUCCAUCCUGAUAUCCUCCAACAGAUGCUGUCAACUGUACUAAAUAUCAUCAUGUUUGAAGAUUGUCGUAACCAAUGGUCCAUGUCCAGGCCGCUAUUAGGUCUUAUCUUACUAAAUGAGGAGUACUUUAACAAGUUACGAGACAGUAUCAUCUCCAGUCAGCCUGGGGAUAAACAACAGAGGAUGGUCCAGUGCUUUGAGAACUUAAUGAAUGGAAUUGAACGGUCACUUUUGACCAAAAACAGAGAUAGGUUUACACAGAAUUUGUCAGUGUUUCGUCGGGAUGUGAAUGACUCUUUAAAAGCCCCCGGCGGCCAAAGUCCAAUUCCUUCUUCUUCCUCACUGGACAUGAUGAGUUACAGCUAAUAUUAGUGUUCUGGUGUGAGUGUGUUUCUAGGUAAUCUCUUAAGUGUCGCUCGGCCUCGGUUCUGCGACUAGUGGUGUGGACGGACAUUGUCUGGAUAACUGGACACUAAGCUAUGGUGAGCAUGGUCAUUUUAGUGUUGAACAUUUGUUAUGGAGUGGCUAAUCAUUUACUGGACUUCUUUGAGGUCAUGUGGAUUAUCAUUAUCAUCAUCGUCAGCCUGGAUAUGGAUGUAUUCAACAUUUGUGUCGACUGUGAUUUCUCAGGCCCAGAAAACAGGACUCCAGAGAAAAUUGGAAAAAAAAUAUUCUGGUAUAGACCAGAAAAAUACAAUGUGUGCUACUGUGUGCUAGCAGAAAGUUUGUUAAAGAGCAACAUGUUCAGAAAAGUGUGAAAUAUCUUUAUGAGUUGCUGUCAAAUUUGGAUUUAUUCAAUUAACAGUUAUUGGUUUGGAAUCUGCACUUGGUUGUGUACACUUUUAGCCAUUGUUCUUCACUAGACGAUGCUGAUUUAAACAAGUCUGUUAUAUGGCUUGUUUACGUAAGGUAACAGUUUUAAUACACUACACAUAUCUCAUGGUUUCAGUUAAAAUACUUUUUCACUGUGAAAUCCAGAAGUCAACUGUUGGAAUGAAUUUGAUAUCACAUAGGGUGGUUUAUAAAACACAGCUGGUGGGGGAGAUGAAUCAAAAUCAGAAAUUAUUGAACAAUUUCUGCUUAAUAGCAUAUACAUCUGUUAAUGUAAAAUGUCAGAUGAAGUUAAACUUAGUGAAUGUUAUAUAAGAUAGAAAUUGUGGGUGAUAGGGUGUUUUCAUAGCAACAGUGUGAUAUGCAUGGAUUUAGUUUGAAAUGUGCCUGUGUGAGAGUGUUUGUCUCGUGAGGGUGUUUAUCUGACUCGUGUGAGGGUGUUUGUCUGACUCACAUGAGGGUGUAUUUGUCUUAUAAAGGGUGUUUAAGAUGACAUGUUCCCUUCAUCAGUGGUAGUGUUUGUAAAUGUGUGGUCAUGCAUUGAUUGGUGUACAUGUACGAUUGUUUGUGAGGGCAUGCAUUGAUUGGUGUACAUGAACCAGUGUUUGUGAGGGCAUGCAUUGAUUGGUGUACAUGUACCAGUGUUUGUGAGGGCAUAUAUUGAUCGGUGUACAUGUACCUGUUUGUGAGGGCAUAUAUUGAUUGGUGUACAUGUACCAAUGUUUGUGAGGGCAUGCAUUGAUUGGUGUACAUGUACCAGAGUUUGUGAGGGCAUGCAUUGAUUGGUGUAAAUGUACCAGUGUUUGUGAGGGCAUGCAUUGAUUGGUGUACAUGUACCGGUGUUUGUGAGGGCAUGCAUUGAUUGGUGUACAUGUACCAGUGUUUGUGAGGGCAUGCAUUGAUUGGUGUACAUGCACCAGUGUUUGUGAGGGCAUGCAUUGAUUGGUGUACAUGUACCGGUGUUUGUGAGGGCAUGCAUUGAUUGGUGUACAUGUACCAGUGUUUGUGAGGGCAUGCAUUGAUUGGUGUACAUGCACCAGUGUUUGUGAGGGCAUGCAGUGUUUGGUGUACAUGAACCAGUGUUUGUGAGGGUAUGCAUUGAUUGGUGUACAUGCACUAGUGUUUGUGAGGGCAUGCAGUGUUUGGUGUACAUGCACCAAUGUUUGUGAGGGCAUGCAGUGUUUGGUGUACAUGAACCAGUGUUUGUGAGGGCAUGCAUUGAUUGGUGUACAUGUACCGUGUUUGUGAGGGCACACAUUGAUUGGUGUACAUGCACCAGUGUUUGUGAGGGCAUGCAUUGAUUGGUGUACAUGUACCAGUUUGUGAGGGCAUGCACAUGAACCAGUGUUUGAGAGGGCAUGCAUUGAUUGGUGUAUAUGUACCAGUGUUUGUGAGGGCAUGCAGUGUUUGGUGUACAUGUACCAAUAUUUGUGAGGGCAUGCAGUGUUUGGUGUACAUGUACCAAUAUUUGUGAGGGCAUGCAUUGAUUGGUGUACAUGUACCAGUGUUUGUGAGGGCAUGCUGUACAUGUAAUGUCUGUAAAAAAUAUGUUUUGAGAGCAUGUUUAGUUGGUCUGAUUGUGAUUAUACUGUAUGUUCAUGGGGUCUGAUAAUCCAUGUUAACAAGUAUUUUGAAAUUUGAGAUAAUAAUCAAUUAAGACUUCAUCAUUAAGCUAAAAGAAACUUGACUCUGAAUUGCUCUACAGAUUGUUGUGUAGUUGCUAGUUGGUAUGUAACACUUGUAGGUAGAAACAGUCAUAUUUACAAUAUCCGAGGUAGAACAAUCUAUAAAAAAGUGCUUGAAUUUAUGAUAGAAGCCUUGAAAAGUGCUGAAUCACUAUUUCUAAAAUUUACUUAAAUAAAAGUGCUUUAUACGAGAAAAAUAUAAUACAUAUGUACGUCUACUUUGAAAUUAUGUGUACACUAUCUUGUACAUUGAAUAUUGUUUGAAAAUUAAAACAAAGGAAUUAACAUAUAUUGAAAACUAUGAUUUUACAGAAUUAGAAAUUUCAAAAUCAUAUACAGGCGGAGAGAAAAUAGUAGAUAAUCCUUACUUUAUGAAAAUAAUAUAACAUUGGGUACUCAAACUAUUGUUUGGACAUCGGCUCAUGUCAUGGUCAGUUGUUUGGACAUCGGCUCAUGUCAUGGUCAGUUGUUGGGACAUCGGCUCAUGUCAUGGUCAAUUGUUUGGACAUCGGCUCAUGUCAUGGUCAGUUGUUUGGACAUUGCUAAUUCUAAAUUGCUAAUUCUAAAUAUGCCACUCGCAUCACUCAGAUUUCUGAAACAGUCAUUGACAAAUAAUUUAUUGAUGAAUAUCUCUCCUCAAAACAAAAUAUUGCUAUUUGCCUGGUAGUUUUGUACUAAAAAAUAGAAAACAUGCACAUGAUCACAAGAUGUGUUUUAAUCAUGAUAUAUACAAAUACUCUUGGCAUUUUGUUGCAAAUGCUGUCCUGAAAAGUGCUUGUACUCCUAUUAAAAAAGUGCUCGAUUUACAUACCAUUAACACUGAAUGUACAGUUGUAUAUGCUUUUUUUAUGCUAGAUAGUACUUCAACAUUUAUAACAAAAAGUGCUCUAUUUACAAAUUAUGACCAUGUGUAAGAUAUGUUUAAUAUAAAGAACUCAUGUCAUUAUGCUGCCUUGGUCAGAUAAAAAUGUCACCUCGCUGUAUCAGUGCUUUCCUAUAGAGAUCUCCUUUGUUCAUUGAUAAAACACUAUGUACUAGAUUCUAUAUAGUGAUAACUCCAUUAGUAGACCGUGCCCAGUCUCUCCUUGGAUGGACUUCAAAUUCAUCCUACAUGAAAUAAUUAAAUCAUUAGGAAUUAUGUCAACAUGUCCUGGUUCACAUGUCAACAACAUGUCCUGGUUCACAUGUCAACAACAUGCCCUGGUUCACAUGUCAACAACAUGUCCUGGUUCACAUGUCAACAACAUGUCCUGGUUCACAUAUCUGUUAAUGUCACCAUGUCCUGGUUCACAUGUCAACAACAUGUCCUGGUUCACAUAUCUGUUUAUGUCAACAUGUCCUGGUUCACAUGUCAACAACAUGUCCUGGUUCACAUGUCAACAGCAUGUCCUGGUUCACAUAUCUGUUAAUGUCAACAUGUCCUGGUUCACAUGUCAACAACAUGUCCUGGUUCACAUGUCUGUUCAUGCCAACAUGCUCAGCUGGUUCACAUGUCAACAUGUCCUGGUUAACAUUUUCAUUAAGACUACCAAACUUGGUAUACAAUUAGAAACAGAUGGUAGAGUAUUACAUGCUAAAAGUAGGUCACAGGGACCUACAUGUCUCUUUAUAUAUUAGAAUAUGUAGGAUCACCAGACCUCAUACAGGGACACAUAGUAGAUCUAUCAAUUCCCUAAUUAAUCAAAUAGAUAUAUGUAGAACAGUAAAAUACUGUUGCAGUAAAACUUUUGUAAGACGAUAUAAAUUUCGACUGAUUAUGAUGAAAGUUAAAUAUCCCUAAUUUCUCAUCAAAUUUAUUUUUAAAAUUCCUGUAAGGAAUUGUCUAAAUAACAUCCUGUGGCCCUGUUGAAUGUGUCAUAAACACAUUUUACUAUAUCACGCCCUCGUGUGGCCCUGUUGAAUGUGUCAUAAACACAUUUUACUAUAUCACGCCCUCGUGUGGCCCUGUUGAAUGUGUCAUAAACACAUUUUACUAUAUCACGCCCUCGUGUGGCCCUGUUGAAUGUGUCAUAAACACAUUUUACUAUAUCACGCCCUCGUGUGGCCCUGUUGAAUGUGUUAUAAACACAUUUUACUAUAUCAUGCCUUCGUGUGGCCCUCGUCUUGGGGGGACGGGGAGGGGGAAAUUAUAGCAUCAUUGUGUGAUAAGAGGGAUAUGAUAGUAUCAUGGUGUGACUGGGUGAAGGAAAUAAUAGUAUGAUGUGACUGGGUGAGGGAAAUGAUAGCAUCAUAGUGAGACUGGGAGAGGGAAAUUUUAUCAUCAUAGUGUGACUGCAGGGGGAGGGAAAUUAUAGCAUUAUGUUAUGACUGGGUGAGGGAAAUAAUUGUAUCAGGGUGUGACUGGGUGAGGGAAAAUUUAGCAUCAUAGUGAGACUGGGAGAGGGAAAUUUUAUCAUCAUAGUGUGACUGCAGGGGGAGGGAAAUUAUAGCAUUAUGUUAUGACUGGGUGAGGGAAAUAAUUGUAUCAGGGUGUGACUGGGUGAGGGAAAAUUUAGCAUCAUAGUGAGACUGGGAGAGGGAAAUUUUAUCAUCAUAGUGUGACUGCAGGGGGAGGGAAAUUAUAGCAUUAUGUUAUGACUGGGUGAGGGAAAUGAUGGCAUCGUGGUGUGACUGGGCUAGAGAAAUGUCUUGGGAGUUGUGUUUGUGUCUGCUUUUAGAAGUCGGGAUACAUCUGUCACAUGUAUUUGCUCACGUGUGUCACUAUUGAGCAUCGUACAUCGCUAGCAGUGAUAUAUACAUGCUUCCUGAGGGUACGGUUUCUGAACGAAAUUAACUGUUUUCCAUGUUGUUAUUCUAUAGUAUGUUGUUUGGAGGAAAUAAAAUAUGAUUGAUUAUGAUA